GAGAGCUGCUGCUGAUCACACUCAGAGGAUACUCCUGCUAGUCUCCUUCAUGAGUCUGGAUUAUAAAUAUGUAUUUUGUGAUUUCUGCCAUGAAAGCUCAGAUUGAAAUCAUUCCCUGUAAGAUCUGUGGAGAUAAAUCAUCAGGGAUCCACUACGGGGUCAUCACCUGUGAGGGCUGCAAGGGUUUCUUCAGGCGGAGUCAGCAGAGUAACGCCGCCUACUCGUGUCCUCGCCAGAAAAACUGUCUGAUCGACCGAACGAGCCGAAACCGCUGCCAACACUGCCGUCUGCAGAAAUGUCUGGCUGUGGGCAUGUCCCGAGAUGCUGUCAAAUUUGGUCGAAUGUCAAAGAAGCAGCGGGACAGUUUGUAUGCUGAGGUGCAGAAACAUCGCCUCCAACAGCAGCAGCAGCAGCAGGGCCCCCUCCACCUGUCCCACCCCAGCCUCGGAACACCUAGUCCAGGUGAGGCUGAGCCUCUGUCCCCGCACUACAGCCUCUCCUCCACCGGGCUCACAGAGCUACCAGAUGAUCUGGGAGGCUACAUAGAACAAAACUCACCUGAAGGAGGAUCUGUGUCAUCUAAGGCAGACUCUGGAGGAGGUGGAGGGGACGGUGGAGGUGGGUUCUAUCUAGACUUCCAGCCCUCUCCAGACCAGUCAGGACUUGAUAUUAAUGGCAUUAAACCAGAGCCGCUGUGUGACUAUGGAUCCAGUAAUGGCUUCUUUCCAUACUGCUCCUUCAGCAACGGGGACACAUCAUCUAUGUCUAUGGCUGAACUCGAUCACCUGGCUCAGAUCAUCUCAAAGUCUCACCUGGAGACGUGUCAGUACCUGAGGGAGGAGCUGCAGCAGAUGAGCUGGCAGAACUUUCUACAGGAUGAGGUGAAGAGCUACCAGAGCAAGCCACAGGAGCUGAUGUGGCAGCUCUGUGCAGUGAAGAUCACUGAGGCCAUUCAGUACGUGGUGGAGUUUGCCAAGAGGAUUGACGGCUUCAUGGAGCUGUGUCAGAAUGACCAGAUAGUGCUGCUGAAAGCUGGCUCUCUGGAGGUUGUCUUUGUCCGAAUGUGUCGGGUUUUUGACUCUCAGAACAACGCUGUCUACUUUGAUGGGAAAUUUGCCGGUCCUGAUGUCUUUAAAGCUUUAGGUUGUGAUGAUUUGAUCUCGUCAGUGUUUGACUUUGCUAAAAGCAUGUGCUCGCUGCAUCUGUCAGAAGAUGAACUUGCUCUGUUCUCAGCGUUCGUUCUGCUCUCUGCAGACCGGUCAUGGCUGCAGGAGAAACUGCAGGUGGAGAAGCUGCAGCAGAAGACUCAGCUGGCUCUUCAACACGUCCUGCAGAAGAACCAGAGAGAGGACGGACUGAUCAACAAGCUCCAAUGUAAGGUGUCGGCGUUGCGUUCACUGUGCAGUCGGCACACAGAGAAGCUGUCUGCUUUCAGAGCUGUUUACCCCGACAUCGUGGGGACACACUUCCCUCCUCUCUAUAAAGAGCUGUUUGGAGGCGACCUCGAGGUGACUCUGCAGACCGACGACUGAACUUUGACCCCUCCAGAGCGGAGCUGUGAACCGAGGGGAGCAACGCUGCAGGGCCCUGGAGGAUGAGCGAUGACUCACGCUGCUGUUGCACUUCUAUUCCUGAAGAGCUGAGUCGACAAAAACAGAGAUUUGAACUCUUUCUUCACCUCCUCCUGCUCUCACGGCUCUGGGUUCUGAUGCAGUGAGAAGUCAGGCUGACUCCCUCCUCAUGCAUUUAGACACACCUCGGAUCAGGAUGUUAGAUCUGGAGACAUCUUCAGUUUUCACACUGAAUCCUCUUUGUUUGUCAAGACAUCAGCACUUCUUCUACGAGUUUCUUCACCACGACAGAACAAGGAACAUGAAAAUGUAUUUGUAUGAAAUAUUGAUAACAAGGUGGAGCUCUCCAGGCAAAAACAGCCCUCCAGCUUUUAGUUCCAUCACUCACGAGAAAAACAGUUUACUUCUCUGGAGCAGGGUUUCUGUAAAAGUGGAUGUACAUCAAGCUUAUAUGAAAUCCCCCCGUUUGACACUCUUUAGCCCUUCUUAUCCUCAAAGGUAAGCCCUGACAGUGAAUGCCUCAUCUUUAUGUUUUCACAGGUCUUUACAGUUCCUUUAGUGAUGUCUAUGGACUGUAUACAAGAAAUGAAACAAGCAUCAGAGUUUGAGAGGUAAAAUCAGUGUCUAAAGUCUUUAGCAUUCUUUAUGUUAUAAAGUAGCAUUUAAAGAAGGGAUGGGUAUGAUUAAUCUGACACGCCUGAUAGACUGUUACAUAUCUAUGACAUGGGAUUUUUGGUAUUUGAGGGUGACUGGACGAGUGUUUUUUGCUGUCACAUUGCAGGCCAAACCAGAGCAACAAAAUAUUUGUUGUAGUAGGCGUAAGCCAGCGCUGAGGAGUAAACUACAUAAUCCAGGCUCGACAGCAGGUUGAGGGAAAAGCUUUCAGCAUGGUUCUUUAAUGAAGAAAUUGAGUCCUCAGUAAACUGCUGCAGUAGCUGCAUCCUUAGGCUUGCAGUUGCUUCAACUCAAUUAUGGCUGUAGCUACCGCCUCCUUCUCUUUAAAUGACACUAAUUGGUCAUUCUCUGGGCAGAAAAAAAUGUUGUUGUAGUGAUUACAUCAAAGUUUUUAAGCAGUAAAAAUAUAUAUAUUUACACUUUAAUCCCCAGUGAGUUAAUAGAAGUCAACAUUAGAGCCAACUAAUUCUAUAAAAAUUUGAAGUAACUGAAAACAUGGUAUUUGUUCAGUAGCAGGUACUUAGCCAUUUAAGUUAGAACACCUGAAUGUUACUCUUACAUUUAUUUUUAGGUUAACUUCACAUUUUUAAGUUAAACUAAACUGUGUAAACUUUCCUACUCUUAAAAAUGUAUUUAAAGCAAACUCAAAACAACAUGUUUGAGUACUCUACAGAAAGCUACAUGCUCUUCAGCCUCUGCAGUUCUCCCUGAUUUCUUUACAUGCUUUAAGUUUGAACAUUUAUGCCACUCAAGGUGGGCCAACUUAAGGGCCUACAAGUGACAGUAAAAGGUGCACACAUUGAACCAGGAAGUCCUCUUCGAUCAUGUUCAGUAAAUCAUACUCACAGGGGUUCUAUAGGUGUAGUGGUUAUCACGUCUGCUUUACACGCAGAAGGUCCUGGGUUCAAUCCCUAGUAGAAUCACAUUAUAAUAAUCAUUUAUACAAACAACUAUACUGUGACAAAAGGACAAGAUCAAACCUGGUGGUCAGAACCACUUUGUUAAAUGCUUGGUUAUUGGACAGCCCUCUAGUGUACGGUUCACACCAGAGGUGACUGUUUUACUAUUGAUGGCUGGAGAGCUCAGUGGUUUACAUUGCUGACAGUGGCAUGGGUUGUUGGAGGUUCAAAUCCCAGUCAGAGUAUGAGUGUCCAGUGUGGGCCAUUGCGCAAAGUCCUGAACACCAGUCCCUUUGGAUAAAAGCGUCUGCUAAAUGACAUUGGAAAUUAUUGUAACUGGCAGAAUUCUCUGACUGAUGCUGCGUUCCAUUUGUCAUCGUAACUCGUAUUCCAACUUGCUUUUCCAACUUCUGACCAGAAAUUGUGAAUGGAACGCCUCUCCAGGUCAUAUUUACAAAUGGGGAACUCGGUCUUGCACAGAGCACCCCAACCUCAAUGUCACAACAUGGUGGCACAAAGUAUUAAGUGUAAUAAAAACUUUGAUUUGCGCAAUGUGAUGUUUAAAAGGUUCAUCGGCUAGCAACUGAUCAAUGAUGCUAUAAACAAUGACAAGCUAACGCAAGAACAGCAUCCGUCAUUUUUCCAACUUUUUUUUAUUGAUAUGUAAAGCACAUGCAUACAUACUUACAAACAUUAUUUACAUGAUUCCGUGGACAUAUGAAUUAAUACACUAUACACUUAUAUACAUGGGGUGCCUACAGUAGAUAUAAUAUUUACCAAACAUAUAAGUAAAAAUCAAAAUAUAAAGCUUUUGACAGUUUCCAUUUCCAUUGUCAUAAUAAAAAAAACACAUUAUUUUCUUCUAACCGAACACUGGAGCCAUUUUGUACAUUAUAAAGUUGAUCUACAUCCAACCAAAAUAAGCAACUAUGGAGACACUCUUUUUUCUAAGACUCCAUGGUUAUAACAAAUGGAACACAAACAACUGUGAAACCUGUGUUUGCAGACAAAUGUGAUGUCAUUCCCAGUUCUAACGUCCAACCUCUGGGAUAAAUGGAAAGCAGCAUUAGCCAGCUACUUCACUGAUGGUGCAAAAGUGUCUAAUGCCCCAAAGCAUUCUGGGUAAACACUGCAGAUUAAGACACAACUGUCAAAAAUGUGAUUAUAGUGACAGAAAGUGCUCAAAGUGGUUGUGUACGAUUAAUUUAGUAAAAAAAAAUGUAAAAUCAACCCAGAAAAAUAGAUGUAACUUUUUACAAAAAGUUCUCUUCCACACAGUUUAGUAAACUCUCUUUGUCAUUCUGAGGAUCAGCCUGACAGGCUGUACUUCUCUGAGUCGAUAACUUUACUCAUGGCGCAAAAAUGUCCAAUGCCCAAAGGCAUUCUGGGAAAACUGCAGAUAAAGAGAUAGUUGUCAACAACUUAAGUACAGUGACAAAAAUAAUUGGAAUAAGUACUAUUUACUUUAAACUAAACAUGUUUUAUUAACUCAGAAAAAUAGAGCAGAGACAUUUUUUUUUUUUUGCUGUUUUAGACUUUUUAAGUCAACAUAACUCAUUUUUUAACCUUCAACUGUUCAGUCUCACAGUGUAGUCUGCUGAAAAGCCAGAUGCAGAACACAGACACUGAAACAGGUAAUGGAUGCAAUGAAAAAUGUAUAACCUGAAAGUCUCCGUUAAAUGGAGUGUAGGGAAUGAGCGGGAAGCCCGGGAAUAGAGGCAGGCGGGCCAGGGGGAAAGUCUGACUAACCUGAGUCCAGGAAAUCCAGAGAUGAGAGUUCAACCAAGUUCAAUCCAGAGAUGAGUAGGUAAACAGACGGACACUUAAGAGUGAAAUGGACGGAGUUAAGCUGUUUUCAGCUGUGGGGAAACUAAGAUGAAAUUUUCAAAUUAACGCCACCAUCACAAGAAAAGAUGCGACACAGAAGCAGAACCAGGACUGAUUUGUGGGUCCAUGUCUGAGGUUAUAUUUUAAUCUACCUUACUCAUAUUCAGUAUUCAAUACUCUAAUACUGGUAUGAAUACAAAUGCCUAUUCUUAGCUAAUAUGGAAAGCUCUGGCUCUAAAAACCAGGAUAAUUUCAAACAGAAUGCUAAACCUGAGGCUUGUUUUAGUUCUCAUAUACAGUUGAUGACUCUGUCAUUUGAUCUUUCUUUAUAAAGCUGUGCUACUCUGUUAAAUAUGUCUACUAGAUCAUUUAUGCUCUUUUAGUUUUGCUAUCACACUCGAGUGAACCACUGGGGAUGAAAAAAUAUUUUUUAAAAGGGGCUUGAUUAUACAUAUAUAAACAUCUGUCAGGCAUUUUCAUCAUCCAGGGCACAAAAGACUGGAUUUGGCACUUACACAUUAAAUUUUCUGAUGAAUUAGCUUUUUUUUUAAUUGAGAAAAAUAGCUAAUUUAUUUUAGUUUAUUUUCAUGAGAAUAUUCCACUUAAAAAGAACACUUACUUUUGACUUUCUUUAUCCAAACAGACACAUUUAUAAUUCAUUUGAACACCACACCAUAAUCUAGCCUCUUCACAGGCUUGUUAAUUAAAUACAACAUUAAGGUUUAAGACUUUUAAACUUGGAUGUAAUUCUCAUACAAUUAGAAAAAAUCGAUAUUUGUUUUGGACCAAA